CUGCAUAUUAUCGCUCGCGUGCGCUGCUUUUGGGGGACACAAAAAAUAAUAAUAACACUCCGUGCAAUUCGUUUCCAUCAGCUGUCUUCCUCAAAGUUGAGUCUGCAACUUCAGCCCAUCGAGACUCGGCGCUCCCGGUAAAUCAUCUGGCACUUGUGUUUUCGUUUUAACGCGCUAAUUAUCCUCCCACAUCUGCACAAUGGCUGGACGUCCAAGAUGGCAGGCACUCGGCAAACGUGAGCCGGAACAGGAACGCGAAGCUCAAGCCUGGAUUGAAAGCAUAACCGGAGAGCGGUUCCCUGAAGGUGUCUCUUAUGAAGACGCUCUUCAAGAUGGUGUCAUCCUCUGCAAAUUAAUGAACAUUAUCCAACCUGGAUCCAUCAACAAGAUCAAUCCUAGCGGUGCUGGCCAUUUCAAAAUUUGCGAGAAUCUCAACAAGUUCCAGGAGGCUUGCAAGAAAUACGGAGUGCCUGAAAGUGACAUUUUCCAGACGAUUGACCUGUCUGAGAAGAAGGAUAUUGCCAUGGUUACGUCAACCAUCUUCGGUCUAGGCAGCGCCACCUACAAGCACCCGGAAUGGCAAGGACCCAGUUUGGGACCGAAACCGUCUGAAAAGAACCAGCGCAAUUUCUCUGAAGAACAAUUGAAAGCUGGCCAGACUGUCAUCGGCCUACAAGCUGGAACCAAUAAAGGCGCCACCCAGGCCGGUCUAAACAUGGGAGCUUCGCGUAAAAUCCUUCUAGGCAAAUGAGCAAUGUUUUGAAAUGGAGAAAAAAUUUAAGAAAAAGCACAAAAAAUCUAUGCCAAACUGAAAAAACAAACAAAAUUAUUUCUAUGCGCUUCUUACUUUUUACGUCUUUCGUCUUCACCUUAUUAAUCGUAUCCGCGCAAUUUUGCAUCUACCGUUCUUUUUCCUCAUUUCGUUCCACGGAAGAUGUUUUUUUCAAAGACAUUAAAACCUAAUAACCCCAAUUGAUUAAUAACGAAAAGACCGAAUGUAUUAGUAAUAGAACAGGAAAAUCGAAGCAACAGAAAUACACGGAAGAAGUAACUUAAAA